AUGAUAUAUGUCAUACAGCAAUUACACUGGAAACUUGAUCUAGCAAGCCUUCUUCUAACUGGGCUUGCAGACUUUUAUAUUGAAGAGCACGUCAAUCCAAUUGUUAUAAUAUAUGCAGCCUUUUGCAUUGCAGCUGCUGACUUAAUCUUUGCCUUGGCUAAGACAAUCAUUGUGGAUGAAAGAUUUAACAAAGUUAUUGCUAAUAUACUCGUUCCUCAAUUCAUUGAGAAGAGGCCUCUUAGGGAGGUAGAUCAGUUUAAAAGAGAUGCAAAGAUGAAUGAGAUCUUAGCAGAAGUGAAUUUUAAAUUAGAGAAGAGGCUCAAGACUAACUACGUAUUCCAGAAUACGAUGCAGAUGGUAGAUAAGUAUAAUACAUUGAUUAGUGAAUUUGAUGAGAGGUAUCAAAGGUAUUAUAAGAAAGAGCCUAUCGAAGCGAUCAAGGGAUUCGAUAAGAUGAUGUGCAUUGCAAGAAAUAUCACGGAGGAGGACGUGAAUUUUCAGUAUAGCAAUAUGUUUAGUUCUGAAACUUAUCAGGAGUAUUUAAGAAGACCCAAUGUCGUAAAUGAGGAGCCGAUAAAUGAUAGGCGUACUACUGAAGGAAGGAGACCUACCUGA